AUGUCCUCGAACGCAGACGAUGAAAAUGUUGAGCAAUGGAAGAUUAAGAGACUCAUAAAGCAGCUGGGACAGAGCCGUGGAAGUGGAACAUCGAUGAUUUCUCUGGUCAUUAAACCCAAGGAUGAUAUUUCACGUAUUAACCGCAUGCUUACAGAAGAAUAUGGUACUGCUUCGAACAUCAAAAACCGUGUUAACCGUCUAUCCGUACUCUCCGCAAUUUCCUCUACUCAACAAAAGCUGAAGAAAUAUAACAGGACCCCACCUAACGGUUUGGUUAUAUAUUGCGGCACUGUGUUAACGGAGGAUGGUAAGGAGAAGAAGGUUAACACUGAUUUUGAGCCAUUCAAGCCGGUCAACACAUCGCUGUAUUUAUGUGACAGCAAGUUCCAUGUGGAGCCUUUAAUGGAGUUGUUAGAAUCGAAUGACCGUUUUGGAUUCAUUGUAAUGGAUGGUAGUGGUAGUUUGUUCGCAGCAGUUCAAGGUAACAAUCGGGAAGUACUACACAAGUUCAGUGUUGACUUACCCAAAAAACAUCGAAGAGGUGGUCAGUCUUCGGUUCGUUUUGCCCGAUUGCGAACGGAGCGGCGUCAUAACUAUGUUCGACGAGUGGGUGAGAUAGCAACUACGCUAUUUAUUACUAAUGAUAAGCCGAAUGUGACCGGUUUGAUAUUAGCAGGAAGUGCAGAUUUUAAAACAGAGCUCGCUCAAUCCGAUUUGUUGGACCCUAGACUGGCGUUGAAGGUUAUUAAAAUCGUGGAUAUUGCAUACGGGGGUGAGAAUGGUCUUAAUCAGGCUAUAGAGAUCAGUCAGGAUACCCUCAGCAACGUAAAACUUGUUCAUGAAAAGAAGAUUAUAUGUCAGUUCUUUGACGAAGUUGCAACAGACUCAGGAAAAUACAUUUAUGGAAUUCACGAUACUAUCAAAGCACUCGAAAUGGGAUGUGUUGAAAUACUUAUUGUCUGGGAGAAUCUUACUACUGAACGACUUGUCGUACAGGAUACUAUUUCCAAUGAACAAAAAAUUCUAUACAUUGAUGCUGACCCUACUGGUAGGACUACCAUUGCUGAUAAACUUAAAGAACAUGAAAGCCAAGGGGAUUUAGAGGUCGUCGAAAGAAUGCUCCUCGCCGAAUGGCUGGUACAAAAUUAUCAAAAUUUCGGCGCAGAAAUGGAAUUUGUUACGACCGCUUCCCAAGAAGGAUCUCAAUUCCAGAAAGGCUUCGGUGGCCUCGGAGGUAUCCUCCGGUACAAGGUUGACUUCGCCGAAAUGGAGCCCGAAUAUGCCGAUGACAGCGACGAUGAUUUCAUGUAA